AUGAAAAUAAUACCUCUCAUACGUGAAAAAAUACAUGUCUUCUGUUUUCUUUUAACAGCUACUUUGAAUAAACGUGACGUACUUCCAAUGGGAACUCAAAAGAUGAAUGGCAAUUCUUAUUUGAAUGCAUUCUUUGGUCUAACAAUAGAAAAACCAGAAGGAUGGUAUGCAUCAAGUAUUCAAGAAAUUCGUUCGAUAUUAUCAGGUGAUACUGGGUCGAUAUCCAUUGACAACAAGACUUCAGUUCAAAAAUCUGAUGAAGCAGUAGUUGGUCAAAUGAUACCACUUUUUGGUUUCACAAAAAAUCCAUCGAAUAUACCAGAAAAGAAACAAAACGAUAGCUCUAAUGCAGCCAUUAUAGGAUUGGCUUUCAAUUUCACUAAUCAAGAAAUUACAGGAGAUAAUUGCGAUUUUAUUGAUUAUUUUAAUCAAGGACUACAAAAUGCCUCAGACACAAAAAUUUUAACAAGUAGUGUAUGUCAACCAAUUGAUAUAAAUGGAGUAGAAUUCACAAUGCAAGGGGUGAUCUUAAAUAUAGACGAUUUAAUGGUUCAACAAAGUGAAUUUGUUAAAAUCACAAAAGAUGCCGAUUUGAAGAAACGCGAUGUACUUCCAAUGGAAACUCAAAAUACGAAUGGCAAUUCUUAUUUGAAUGCAUUCUUUGGUCUAACAAUAGAAAAACCAGAAGGAUGGUUGGCUUUAAGUAGUAAACAACUUGGUUAUCUGUUAUCAGAUACUGAAUCAACAUCCUUUAACAAUAAGACUCCAGUUCAAAAAUAUAAUCAAGGAGAAACUGUUCAAAUCAUACCUCUUUUUCGUUUUGAAGAAGAUCCACUGAAUAUACUAGAAAAGAAACAAGAUAUUAGACUUUACGCACGCAUUAUUGGAUUAGCUCUGAAUUUAACAGGUGAAGAAAUUACAGGAGAUUAUUGCUAUUUUCUUGUUGGUUACAAUAAAGGGAUACGAGAAAGCGGAAACAAAAAAAUUAUGGGAAGUAGUGUAUGUCGACAAAUUGAUAUAAAUGGAGUUGAAUUCACAAUGCAAGAAUUAACCUUAAAUGUGGGCAACUCAAUGAUUCUUAAACAAACCGAAAUUGUUCGAAACACAAACACUGUUGGUCUUUUAUUUGCUAUCACCUUUAUUUUUCUUAUUUUAAUCCAUCGACAAUCACAUACAGUUCGAUAUUUAUUAUCGAGUAAUGUUGUUCUAACAUCAUCGAUUUAUUUUCUAAUCGUUUUAUAUAAUCAUAUUAAUGGUCUAUUUUAUCACACAUUAUCUCCUAUGUCAUGUGUAAUUGUUUCUUAUAUAAUGUCAUCUAGUGCAGCCAGUAUUUCAUAUUCUCUUAUGUUACAAUCAUUAAGUCAAUUAAUAUUCAUUAUUUUCUAUCGAAAUAAAUAUUUACUUUCAUUUAAAUUUCAUUUCUUAAUUUUAUUAUUAUCUUGGAUUAUUAGUUAUACACUUGUGCCUAUACCAUGUGCUUUAUUAAAAGGAUUUAUAUACGAUUCAAGUUUAUAUCUAUGUAUUGUAAAUACAAAUUUAGUGUUUGUUAUUGUUUAUGUUAUGUUUACUGGUUGUUUAAUACCAUUUACAAUUAUUGGUCUUAUCUACUAUUAUAUUAUGUUUUAUUUACAUAAGACACGUAAUACAAGUGUUGCGCCUUUAGCUGUUAUCAGUAAUCAUCCGACUCGUAAGAAAAUUGAUCGUAAUCUUGCUGUCUUACGUAAUAUUAUGAUCAAUGUUACAAUUAUGUCAGUGACAGGUUUACCAUCAUUUAUUAUACUGAUUUUAUUAGUUUUGAAAAAAACAACGGUAACUGUAAAUAUAUAUUGUACAUUAUUUACACUUUUUGGAGUUGUAUUAAUGACAGUGACAACAUUCUUCUUAAAGAAAAGUGCACGAAAAAUAUUUUUCAAUUGUUUUCAUUCUUUUAAAAUAAAAUAA